AUGCAAAAAACAGCAAGAGUUGCGUCGAGAAAUAUUCAGUUUAUAAAUCAAGUUCAAAUAAAAGAAAUUACAACAGAUGAUUAUGAACUCGAUGAAUCAACUAGACGAUUAUCAUGGGAUCCAAAUUUAAAUAAUAAAGAUGUAUUCAAAGCAACAGAAAUACAACAAAGAAAUAUUAUUAUUGCAUUUAUUGUUGUUGGUAUUGUGCUUGUUGCUAUUAUUAUUGGAAUUGUUGUAGGAGUAACACUAAGCCAAAAAAAAAUAACAACUACAACUGAUCAAUCUCUUACAUACAAUGAAGUAUGUAAAACAGGUUCAAAUCAAUGUAAAUCUUCACAAGGUCUUUAUUGUCCAUAUGGAUUUUGUUCUUGUACAUCACCUUAUUCAUGGAAUACAGCAACUAGUACUUGCACAUUAUUGACAUAUAAUCGUGCCUGUUCGGCAUCAAAUCAAUGUAAUUCAUUAUUAGGACUCAUUUGUACAAAUCAAAUUUGCCAAUGUGAUAGUUAUCAUUCAUGGGAUACACAAAAUAAUACAUGUAAAUUUGAAUUUGAAAUAACAAUAGAAAUCAAUUACUUCAUAUUUAAAAUAGGUGUAAUUAUUGUAAAUAAUACUUUAACUUAUGGUGAUAAAUGUGUUGUUGGAUCGAGUCAAUGUAAUUCAUCGGUUGAACUUACUUGUACGGGUAAUUGUACAUGUAGAAACUCUAAAAUAUGGAAUAUAUCAACUUGUGUUUGUCCAGCUGGAACAUUUUUAAAUUCAUCAAAUCUUUGUCAAACAACAUAUAGAGAUAAUGAAUCAUGUUUGAUUGGUUCAAAUCAAUGUGAUUCCACAAGAGGCCUCUCUUGCUAUAAUAAUAGUCGAUGUCAAUGUGAUUCAACUAAAUAUUGGAAUCGAAAUUCUGAAAUAUGUCUACAACGUGUUAAUUAUUCGGAUUUUUGUGCAUCUGAUCGUGAUUGUGUGCCAACAUUGAUAUGUCCAACAGUAGCAGGUGUUUGUAAUUGUUCUCGAUAUUUACCAGAUUAUGUGUGCAAUUGUCCGAAUACAAAAUAUUAUGAUUCAGCUACACAACAAUGUGUUGACCGAGCUACAUAUAAUGGUACAUGCAUAGCAUCAGCGAAUUAUACGUGCCUUGUAACACUUUAUUGUAAUGCGGGACUAUGUGCUUGUCCGAUGGGUACGAGUUGGAUUGCGGCAAAUUCAACUUGUGCAUAG